GGUGGCAGAGGCCCUUGAUAACCCUAAUUGCUCAUUCCUGGCCAUCACCAACCUUCUACAGAUCCGGGAGAGGUGGUUAGAUGAUUCCAGGGGGGAUUUGGCCCCAGGAACCAUCAGGAGCUAUCUUGAUUCAAGCAGUAUUUCUGGUGAAAUCUACAGUCAACACUGAACGUAUCCGCAGAUGGUCUCGGUCCAUCAAGGGAGAUCUCCUGAGGAGAAGGGUGGAGAAAAGGGCCGAAGAUGAUGAAAACAAGAUCGAGCCGGGGGAUAUUCAGACUUUCAUGCAGUCCCCCAUUUAUAACCAGGCAGAGGAGCUAUUCAGGAAGUAUGAGGGUGUGGUCAAUGGGGCGUUGAGUGAGGCAGAGUAUACUCUGAUGAGGAACUUUGUCUUGCUCAACACACUCAUUGACAACGCGCAGCGGGUAGGAGCCCUCCUCGGCAUGACGUUGAAGACAAUCAGAUAUACAGAGAGAAAGGGCGAGUGUCAUGUCCUUGUCAUAGUGGCCCACAAGACCGGAACAAUAGCGCCGGUUACCCUGGUAUUUGUGCCCUCUCUGUGGAGGCAGUUGAAGGUUUUCCUGGAGGUGCGAAGGAGACUUCCCGGAUUCGACGAUGCACUGGACCAGGAAAAUGCUGCUGUUUUUCUGACGUACCCCAGCCAAACACAGAAGCCUUCACCUAUGAACUCCUCAACAGUAUCAAAGGGAAUGAAAUAUAUAUGGAGGAAGGCGGGGCUUAAGAAACCGUUGUCGGGAACCCAGCUGCGGAAGACCGCUGCAACAUUGGUGCGCGAAAGAUACCCAGACAGUAGACUGUUGUUGGCACAGCAGAUGAGUCACCGGCCCAACACGCAAGACCAGUUUUACCAUCUUACUCAACAGAAGGAGGACUCAGUCACAAUGGUGGGCGUCAUCUCUCAUGUGAUGAGAGCCAAGAGAACCACAGGAGAGGCAGAGGCAUUGGAAGACAGGCCAGGUCCAUCCGGCCCCAUUAUUGAAGAAGUGGAGGAGGAAGAUGAAACCCUCUCCUUGACUGCAACGACAUCCAAUGAGCCACCAGAAGAACAACAUACUCCGCUGCGAUCGACUGUAUUGAGUCCCUCACCUGCAGCCAUUUCCUCCCAUGGUAGGCGGCUUUUCUUAGAGGAGUAAGCCAAGUUCCUAAUCGAUGAAUGCCACCAUCUGAUUUCUGAUCCCGAUUGCUCCAUUAUGAGUGUGGCAUGUGCCAGAGUCCUCGAACGAACACCAGAGGGACAGGCGAUCCCGUCAUGGGUAAAGGGAGUAGAUCCUAAGGGGUAUCUAAAGAGGAUUUCUGACAGGGUCCGCACGGCACGAAGGAACUUGAGGAGAAGAGACCUACCAUAGGAGAGGUGGAGUGGCUCAUUGGAUAGGAGGAGUGUUAAUCGGGGGCGGAAACGGUCCGCUCCGUGUUUUUUUUUUUUGUUGUUUUUUUUUCUGUAUGGGGAGAGAAGGAGUGUUAUUCGGGGCGGAAACUGUCCGCUCCGUGUUUUUUUUUUUUAUGCAUGGCAGAGGGGGAGUGUUUAUCGAGGGUGGAAACAGUCCGUUCCGUGUUUUUUUUUUAUGUAUGGGGAGAGGGGGAGUGUUCGUCGGGGGCGGAAACAGUCCGCUCCAUGUUUUAUAGGAUGUAUGGGGAGUGUUUAUCAGGGGCGGACACAGUCCGCUCCAUGUUUUAUAGGAUGUAUGGGGAGUGUUUAUUGGGAGCGGAAACAGUCCGCUCCAUGUUUUAUAGGAUGUAUGGGGAGUGUUUAUCAGGGGAGGAAACAGUCCGCUCCAUGUUUUAUAGGAUGUAUGGGGAGUGUUUAUCGGGGGCGGAAACAGUCCACUCCAUGUUUUAUAGGAUGUAUGGGGAGUGUUUAUCGGGGCGGAAACAGUCCACUCCAUGUUUUAUAGGAUGUAUAGGGAGAGGGGGAUUGUUAAUCGUGGUGGAAACAGUCCACUUCGAAAUUUAUUGUACAUGUGGCUUUUUGGAAGUGACCAGACAUUCUUUGAAAUAUUUGCAUGUUCAUGAUGUAGUUGAACUUCAUAAUUUCUUAAGCAUGAUACCUACUUUUUGUAACGAACUCCUCUCGCAGCUUUUACUUACAUUGUUCAGACCUUGUACAUUAUAGAUGUUAUAAAAUAUUGAAGAUAUACAUGUGACAUUUUAAAAAUGCUACUGUUUUUUGAGAAAUUUUACAUAUAAUAUGUAAUUUUCCAGUAUGUUUUUUCUACUGCUGUAUCUAUGAUAGAUUAACAUAUCUUAAAGAUACCUGGUCAUUUCUUUUCUUGAAUCAACUUUUUAUAUUUGUGUCUGAAUAUGGUAAAAAUGACUCGCAAUGUCAUUGUUCUUGAAAUUAAAUUAAUUGAAUUG